UUGCUUUGGUCCACGGCGAACGAGCGCCGAGUAUAGUAGUGUUGUAUCGGUUAUCGCCACGUGAAGUAUUUCUCGCGACCAAAUCUGCGCGUAGAAUUAUUUUUUUUUUUCGAAGGAUUUUCUGAGGAUCUUGAUAGCCGACCGUGACAGGCAUGAGGACCUUUUGGACCAUCAUUCUCCUUUGCGUCAUCGCCGUGAUCGUUGCGGUGCACGCAAAGCCUACAAUUUACAAGAGAAACGAGGACAAUGUAUUCGAGCCAGUUAUGGUACCCGUUUCAUCCACGGUAAUCCCAUUGCCCGUGUACAAAGUAGGCUAUGGUUUAGGCUUCGUAUCAAAGGAUAAGAAGACCCAAUCGUCAUUUAAACCGGAAGGUGGCAUAAAAUUGAUUACGAUCAACAAGGUCCAAGAAAAGAAGAUUUAAAUACAAAAUAUAAAUGUUCUAAAUUAUGUGAAAUAAUAUUUGUCGCGGAGGCGCACAUCUUCGAAGAGAACAGAAUUAGAAACUUGUGCGUUGUACUCGUACUAUUGUAUCACAUCAUCUUUUCUGCAAGUAUGCACUUGUUUUUGUUAAGUUAAGCUAAUUAAGAAGCUCGACACCAAAAAAUGUACUUCUAUAAAUGUUAGUUAAUUAUUUAUAUGAUGGAAACUAAAAUUUGUCUUUAAGAUAUCAAAUAAAAAGUAGAGUUACAUAUCGUAUGUA